AUGGCGACCAGUGAAUCAAAAUACCCACUGGGCUCUCCCCAGGAACACGUCCAGACAAAAUAUCCACUGGGCUCCCCCCAAGAACACGUCCAGAUGUGUGAUAAGCACACGGAACUCAUUGAUAUGUUCUGUGAGGAUUGCAAGGUAUUCAUUUGUUCUGAAUGUGCAAAAACAGAUCACCGCGAUCACAGGUGGGUGACAAUAGUGAAAGCUGCCAGCGACAGGAGAAGACAACUCCAGAAGUUACUGAGUGAUGUCAAGAAAGAAAAUCUCCCCAAAAUUGAUGAAGGCUUAAAGAAAUCAUUAAAUCAAAUAAAGGAAAACGAAAGGCUGUGUGGUUUUGAAGUGGAAAUAUUACAAAAACAAGUGGAUGAAAUCACUGAAAAACUUUUGGAUAUUAAGAAACGACACGAGAAGGCAAUGGAAGACAAUCUGUCCAAGAAGAACGAUGAAGUGAAUCUUUUCCAAUCCCAGCUGGACAAGAAGAGAAAGCAGAUUGUGGACCUGUUGUCAUUGAUGGAGGAGAACAACAGAACGAUGUCGGACUACAGCUUGAUAGACAACCACAGGGAACUAAAACAGCAGCUGGCUGACGUUCAUACUGAAUUGAAGAACUGUGAAUAUUCCAUGAGAUAUGGAAAAGGGGAAAUCAAAGAAAACUUGGUGGAAUCUUUAUUUGGACAAACGUUUGAUUUGGACGACAUAAGUGCCACUGAAACAGAUUCAUUUUCAUUUGGAAAUAAAUUGAUAUUUUCAAUGAAGGCAGUAAAUGAAGAAUGUCACAUCCGAAGUAUCUCGUCAAAAGUCAUCGAGCGAGUCAGUAAACAAGGUGAACAGAAACACACUGUCAAUGUCGAGGGGAGAGAUUUCAGUAUUUCCGAGAACGGUUAUGUGUUUUUUACCGAUGAGAAGAACUGCUCGGUCAAGCGUCUGUCGGCGUCCGGAUCCGUCUCUAGGAUUACCAGCACAGAUCCACUAGUACCGGUGGGUAUCUGCCAGUCACUAGUUGGUGGACUGUUGAUCACAUUAAGGGAUAAAGCAUAUAAUUUCACAGAUAUAACAUCGAUUAAAAGAUCGUUUGUAAGACACAUGACGUUAAACGGUGACGUCAUUAGAGAAUACGAGUACCAAGAAGAUGGACAUACUAGACUUUUCACUUACGCAUAUAAAGUCAUACAAAAUGGCAACACUGAUAUCUGUGUUGUAAACGGGACUGGCAACGAUACAGGCAAUUUGUUACUCAUGUCCUACUCUGGUCGUCUGAAGUCUGUCUACGACGGACAAAAUCUGUCAGUUGACUUUAAACCACAUGACAUGGUGAGUGACUCCCGCCAUAACCUGAUUGUGACUGAUGCACAUAGCGACUGCAUUCAUCUGCUGAGCCCCGAGGGGGCGUUCCUGAAGUUUCUGUUAAGAGAGGAAGCCGUAUUCGAGCCUACUGCGUUAUCUCUCUGUUUAUCCACGUUAUGGGUGGGGAAUUCUGAAGGACUGGUUAAAGUGUUCUGUUACAAAAACGCACGAUAA